ACCCCCCUACCUUGCAACUCCUCUUGGCUUUUUCUCGACCGGUUGGCACAACCAGUAAUGAGCAGAACGGCCCCUUCUUUCCAAAGGGGCAGUCGGCCACGGUCAACGGUCCUCGGGUUCGAGGGCGAGGCGAGGUGCGGCUGGGGAUUCUUUUUCGUGGCGGAGGCUGCAGCGGCAGUGGUCAUUUCACGACGGGGGGGAGGUGCUGUACGUCCAAGAUGGCGGCGCCCUGUAGGCUGGAGGAACUGUGAGGUAAACAGCUGAGGGGGAGGAGACGGUGGUGACCAUGAAAGACACCAGGUUGACAGCACAGAAAACUAAAGUACCAAUUGUCCCCAGAACAGUCUGGUCGUGGCACCAAUGAAGAACCUUCAAAGUCUUUAAUGCGCGUCCUGAAGCAGCAGAGCACAUUCGUGUCAGACAAUGGCCCAGCAAGCCAAUGUUGGGGAGCUCCUCUCCAUGCUGGACUCCCCGCUGCUGAGUGUGCGUGGCGAUGGAACAGCCGUCUUUAAAGAGAAUCUCAGUUCUGACCGUGGUCCGAUGCUUGUGAACACCUUGGUGGAUUAUUACCUGGAAACCAACUCUCAGCCUGUAUUGCACAUCCUGACUACCUUGCAAGAGCCCCAUGAUAAGCACCUCUUGGACAAAAUGAAUGAAUAUGUGGGCAAGGCCGCCUCUCGGUUAUCCACCCUCUUGCUACUGGGCCACGUCGUGAGGCUGCAGCCGUCGUGGAAGCAUAAGCUCUCUCAAGCACCUCUUUUGCCUUCUCUACUAAAAUGUCUCAAGAUGGACACCGACGUCAUUGUCCUCACAACAGGAGUCUUAGUGUUGAUAACCAUGCUCCCAAUGAUUCCACAGUCGGGGAAACAGCACCUUCACGAUUUCUUUGAUAUUUUUGGCCGUCUUUCGUCAUGGUGCCUGAAGAAACCAGGCCACGUGACAGAAGUCUAUCUCGUCCACCUCCAUGCCAGCGUUUACGCUCUCUUCCAUCGCCUGUAUGGGAUGUACCCUUGCAACUUUGUCUCCUUUCUGCGUUCUCACUACAGUAUGAAGGAAAACCUGGAGACUUUUGAAGAAGUGGUCAAGCCAAUGAUGGAGCAUGUGCGAAUUCACCCGGAAUUAGUGACUGGAUCCAAGGACCAUGAACUGGACCCUCGAAGGUGGAAGAGAUUAGAAACACAUGAUGUUGUCAUAGAAUGUGCCAAAAUCUCUCUGGACCCUACAGAAGCCUCAUAUGAAGAUGGCUAUUCUGUGUCUCACCAAAUCUCAGCCCGUUUUCCUCAUCGUUCAGCCGAUGUCUCCGCCAGCUCUUACGCUGACACACAGAAUAGCUAUGGGAAUGCUACUUCUACCCCCUACUCUACUUCUCGGCUGACGUUAAACACGCCAGGGCAGCUACCUCAGACUCUGAGUUCCCCGUCGACACGGCUAUUAGCUGAGCCGCCACAAGCUACUCUUUGGAGCCCGUCUGCAGUUUGUGGGAUGACCACUCCUCCAACUUCUCCUGGAAAUGUCCCACCUGAUCUGUCACACCCUUACAGUAAAGUCUUUGGUACAACUGGUGGGAAAGGAACUCCUCUGGGAACCCCUGCAACCUCUCCUCCUCCAGCCCCACCCUGCCAUUCGGACGACUACGUGCACCUUUCACUCCCGCAGGCCACUGCCCCCAAGAAGGAAGAGAGAACAGACUCUGCAAGGCCCUGUCUACACAGACAACCCCAUGUUCCGAAUGACAGAGGAUUAGAAGAGCUGCACGGAGGCAAGGAAUCUGUCACUCUCAGUGAUCUUCCAGGGUUUUUAGGCGACCUGGCUUCUGAAGAAGACAGUAUUGAGAAGGAUAAAGAAGAAGCGGCCAUAUCUAAAGAGCUGUCUGAGAUCACGACGGCCGAUGCCGAGCCCCUGGUUCCUCGAGGAGGCUUCGACUCGCCCUUCUACCGGGACAGUCUGCCGGGCUGCCCGCGGAAGACCCUCUCAGCUUCCUCCAGCACUCAGGGCCCCAGUGCGAACCCUGAGCCUUUAAACUCCUCCCUGGACAAGUCGGGGCCUGACACACCAAAGCAAGCCUUCACGCCCAUAGACCUGCCCUGCGGAGGCACCGGGGAGAGCCCUGCCGGGAACAGGGAGCGCCAGGCCUCCCUGGAGGCCAGCAUCCUCACCCCCAGCCCCUGUAAAAUUCCACCUCAGAGGGGAGUGGGGUUUGGCAGUGGGCAGCCUCCCCCAUACGAUCAUCUUUUUGAGGUGGCAUUGCCAAAGACUGCCCAUCAUUUUGUCAGCAAGAAGACGGAGGAACUGCUCAAGAAGGCAAAGGGAAGUGCAGAGGAGGACUUCACGCCCUCCGCCUCCCCCAUGGAAGUGCUGGACAGGCUGAUUCAGCAGGGAGCGGACGUGCACAGCAAGGAGCUCAACAGGUUGUCUUUACCCAGCAAGUCUGUGGACUGGACCCACUUCGGAGGCUCUCCUCCCUCAGAUGAGAUCCGCACCCUCCGUAACCAGUUGCUUUUACUGCACAACCAGUUACUCUACGAGCGUUUCAAGCGGCAGCAGCACGCGCUGCGCAACAGGCGGCUCCUGCGCAAGGUGAUCCGGGCCGCGGCUCUGGAGGAGCAGAAUGCUGCCAUGAAAGACCAGUUGAAGUUGCAAGAGAAAGACAUCCAGAUAUGGAAGAUUAGUCUGCAGAAAGAACAAGCCAGGUACAAUCAGCUUCAGGAGCAGCGAGACACGGUGGUCACCCAGCUCCAUAGCCAAAUCAGACAGCUUCAGCACGACCGGGAGGAGUUCUACAACCAGAGCCAGGAGCUACAGACGAAGCUGGAGGACUGCAGGAACAUGAUCUCAGAACUGCGCGUGGAACUGAAGAAGGCCAACAGCAAGGUGUGCCACACCGAGCUGCUGCUCAGCCAGGUGUCCCAGAAGCUCUCAAAUAGUGAGUCGGUCCAACAGCAGAUGGAGUUCUUGAACAGGCAACUGUUGGUUCUUGGGGAAGUCAACGAGCUAUAUUUGGAACAGCUGCAGAACAAGCAUUCAGACACCACCAAGGAAGUAGAAAUGAUGAAGGCUGCAUAUCGGAAAGAGCUAGAAAAAAACAGAAGCCACGUCCUCCAGCAGAAUCAGAGGCUUGAUACCUGUCAGAAGCGGAUUUUGGAACUGGAAUCUCAUCUGGCUCAGAAAGACCACCUUCUUUUAGAACAGAAAAAGUACCUAGAGGAUGUCAAGCUCCAGGCAAGAGGACAGCUACAGGCUGCAGAGAGCAGGUAUGAGGCCCAAAAGAGGAUCACCCAGAUGUUUGAAUUGAAGAUCUUAGAUUUAUACGGCAAGUUGGAGAAGGAUGGCCUCCUGAAAAAACUUGAAGAGCAAAAACCAGAAGCAGCUGAAGCAGCAGAAGAAAGGCUUGACUACUGUCAGGACGGCUGCUCGGAUUCGGUGACAGGGCACAACGAAGAGGCCCCCGGCCAUAAUGGUGAGACCAAGCCCCCCAGGCCCGGCGGUGCCCGGGGCAGUGGCGGUGGCAGAGGUGGCGGCAGCAGCAGCAGCGAGCUCUCCACCCCGGAGAAGCCCCCCAACCCCAGGUCAGGCCCGUUCAGCAGUCGAUGGGAGACGGUGGUCGGUGAGCCCACUUCCGGCACUCCCACGACGGUGGGCUCGCUUCCCAGUUCAGAGAGCUUCCUGGGCAUGAAGGCGCGAGAGCUGUUUCGUAACAAGAGUGAGAGCCAGUGCGACGAGGACGGCCUGACUGUCGGCAGCCUUUCCGAGACCCUAAAGACAGAGCUGGGCAAAGACUCGGGUGUGGAAGCCAGGCCCCCCUCGGCCCUCGAUGGCCCACUGCCGCCUGCCCCAAAGCCGGACAGCGUGGGCCAGCUCUGCAUCAUGGACUACAACGAGGCCCAGCUUGAGCACAGCUAGGGAUGCUGGCCGUCAGUGUUAACUCGUGUGUCGCUGGCCUAGACAGGAGGUGUGAGUGCCCGAUUCAGAGCUUUCCUGUUUCCAGGGCUUGAGGGGCGAGCUCCCGCAGAGGAAAUGGGAUGGGGGUCCUUUGACAGUUGACUGAAUGCAGAACGGUUUUCGGAUCUGGCAUUGCAGUGCCUCUUCACUUUCCCAUCGGCCACCCCAAACCCUCUCUUCCAUUUACCUGGCAGUGUGUACCAGCCCGAGGGCCAGGGUGCGUUCCUCACUAGCUUUAUUUCCUUCCUUUCCCGCCCCACCCCCAAAUGGUUGCGUCCUUUGAACCUGUGCAAUAUGAGGCCAAAUUGAACCCUGGAGUCUGACACACCACCCACACCUUUCCUGAAGUUCAGUUCACUGGGCAGGCUCCCUGUGAGCCUAGGUCACUGGUGGCGUCGCAGGUAAGUCCAGUCCUGUCCCUUUCCAGGAGGACGUGGCGUGCAAAGCUGAGCAUCUUGACAUGAGAGCUUUUAUGAGAUGUUGUCACUGCUUUUGGUUUUAAAGUCCAGCAUCUAAAGCCACAGAGCUCAAAAAACAAUGGUUCAUUCUCUCAAGUUCUUUUGGCGGUUCUGAUAAGCUUCCUAGAGAGUUCUGUGUGAACAAAGGUCUGUUGUUGGAACAGUCUGGAGCUGGCCCUGUGGAGACUGUGCUCCCCGAGUGGCACGCUCUGUCCCCCUGCCCCACUACCUCUUGUUUACGUGGCGUUUGCUUGAAAGCUGGUACUGUUCUGUGCGCAGGCUGGGGUGGGGGCGGUCAGGCCUGGGCCCUGCAUGAGAGAGGCCAGUGACUUAAGCAGCGCCCUGAGCAGGAAGGUGCUGUGUGUGUGGACACCCCCUGCAGGUGGAGUGCUGCUGGCCUCCUGCCGCAGGAAGCCUCUGAAGGUCCAAAGAGCUUCUCCCGAGUUUCUGACCGUCAUUCCUCAGGCUGUGGAGAUUCUACAGGUAUCAGCUUUUCACUCCAGUUCUGCCUUCAGGGGCUGACCCUGCAGGGAGCUGGGUGCUGCUCCCCCACCCCCGGCGUGAGUUGGUCAUGGCAGAGCAUUAAGACAGAGUCCUGGAGAGGGUUGACAAAGGCUGAUGUCCUGGACCCACAGGGCCUGGGUGCAUGCGCUCAAGAGAGGUGAUAGCAGUCAGAAUACGGGGGCUGACAGAGAAGCCGAACCCAGCAAUUGCUCCUGAAAUAAACGCUAGAAGCCUAAUAAGGAUUGUUGCCUGGGUUUCCAGCUGAGGCCUGGGCAGGGAGAGGCUGGUAGUAAAGAGCCAACGACCUUGGCGUGUCUCUCUUUCAGUUCAAAGUGUAGAAGGGUUCAUCCAUGAAGAGGGAAACAGCACGCUGUAAUGGUACGGAACUUCAGUGCGUGUGGACGCUUCUGGCACAUGAGGGUGAUGGUCUCUUUUUUUAAAGCGUGGAGAGAGUUCUUAGCAUCCUAACCAAAGGGAGCUGGAGAGUCAGUCUCCUUGUCCCUGUGGCUGUGCAGGCAGCAGCCCUCCUUGGGACGGAGUGUUCGGGUGUGACUGACUGACCGACCCCAGCCUGAGGGAGGGGUGCCCAAGCGCGCUCAGCCUGGCCCAGCCGGCUCCGAGGUGGCUGCAGGAUGCCGACUGGAGUGCUAACAGUGCCGCACAUCUAACUCAGCUGUUUGCAGAGGAGAGCUUAGGAAUGCACGCAUGCUGGUUUCCUAGUCCCAAUUUAUUUAGGAAAGAAAGGCAUGAACAAAUUCAGGAAAGAAAAAAAUGUUACAAGAUUAACUGCUAAACGUGGUUCUAAAUGUUAAUCCUCUCCCCAGGCCCAGGAGAUCCCUGCCACAGAACAAAGAUACCAGGCACUUACAGCCUUUAUCCUCACUGGCAAAAGCAAGGAGGCCAGUGUAAAGAAAAGAAAAAAAAUGUUUUUUAGUGGGCAGAUUAUAAAAAUACAGGGAAGGAGAAAGCUGUGUGGUGCAGUGGACUGGGACCCAGACAGGAGGGCCCUUGGUACACACCUCCAGCCGGGGCAUCCGUGUGCUCAACUUUCCAAGAACGGCUGACCCUGAGCAGCUGUACUUGACUUCCUCUGGGCUCUUGGAGGCCGUGGGUUGUAUGCAGCCAAGGUUGGGGACGGAGGCCUGGGAUCAUGAGGAAGUUACCCAGCCUGAAAAUGUAGGCUUUCAUCUUCCAAAGGACUUGAGAUGACAAUAAAGUUUGAUUUUCAAAAUCAUAGACCUGCUGAGAGUCAGCGGGUUGGUCGAUUAGGCUGCCAGUGAGUGUGUGUUUGUAAGGAUGGAAAGGGGACAGUGGUAGUGGAACUCCCAAGAGAGAAUUUAGGUCCAGGGACCACCAGGGCAAAGGCUGGGGAACUGACGCUGCCAGGUUGAGCCUGUCCCGAGACUGAUGAAGCAGUGUGGUGUUCACAGGCGUUAGGGUUAAUCUCCACCAGAGUCACCCGGAGCAGGCCUACCUGCCUGAGUUAUUUGGCCAGUGUCCGUAACCUGAUGUCCACCUGACGCUAACCAGGGUCAGCACAGACCCUGGGAUGACUGAGGUCUGCUUCUUGGGAGCAUGAAAUGUUUUAAAAGGGAGCACUACAGAAUCACGGGAGGGGGUGAUGUGUGGGUGUUUGGGGCGGGGGGAGUGGGAAGAGGGAGGAAGGUGAUAGCAUGGUCUCUAGAGAAAAUGAGCUCCUGAACCUAUCCCCGGUAUAGAAGCACAUGGAUCUCUAUCAGACAGAACUUUCAUGAAUUAAAAAAAAAAAAAAACCCUUGUGGCAAGAUUCUGCUACAAGUCUGUGAGAUGUUACUGUGGAGUUGGAAGAAAUACCAGAAAAGUAACUGAAAUCCCAGGUUAGGAGAUAGAGAUCAUUUCUUGGGACAGAAGUUUCCUUGGAGAUGAGCGCAGGGACUCUCCACAUGAGGCGGGUAGGUAGAUGUGACCUCCCUAGGUUUGUCAGCAGUUUUGCAGGAGCGAAAACUGCCUAACCUUUGGGAAUAUGCUGCUGCUGCUGAAGGUUCUUCCUAGGCUCUGUGAGUGGAGAGAAAUGACAGAUAAGCUACUUUGUGAGCCAGAAUAUGUGUACUGUAUUUCGAGGGAGAUAGUCCAAACUCUUAUUCUUGAAAGAUAAAACUGUUAAAAGAGGUCCCAGAAGCCACUGACAGCUGCAGAGGUUUGCACCCCCGCAGGGCAAAACCAGGACAGGGGAGAACAGAAGUCCAGAGUUGGGCCAUCCCUAUUUAAGGCAGCACGUGCCGUGUAGUUUCCAGUGUUUUGGUUGAGAAAGAUAAGACUCUUAGUAGUUUUGCAGAAGAGGAUAAAUGAUCGUGAGGAUGAGAGAGGGUGUCAGGAGACCACAGAGGUUCACACUCACAGUUAGUUAAAACUGAGUGUUUCUGUGUAGAGAAAUGACAGGAGUGCCAUGACUGGCCAGUGUGAACCCUCACCAAAUACUAGCAUAUGCUGCUUGAGGCCGGAAAGAAAGAACCGAAGAACAAGUGAAAAGAAAUGCUGCACGAAGAUGCGGGUUUCUGACCAAAAGCAAUAAGAUGUGGUAGAAAGUGUGGAUGGGUCUAAGGAGGGAUUUGAAAACAGUCCGGGGCUGCUGUGGGCCGUGGCCUGCCUUGUGCGGAUAUUCUCCGAGAGGCCAGCCCUGUCCUCAGAGUGGCCCCUGGGAGCCCACCCAGAAGUGUGUGUCUCAUGUGAAAUGACCUGAAUCAGCACGUCUCACUAUGGGAAAUCACCCUGUUGGAGGUGCGUGCUUUAAAACUGACCAGCAGUGAGCGUGGGAAGGUGUGUGUGUAUCUGUUUACGUCCAGAGUUCUCUGACACGUGCCCCCGCCCACUCCCCCUCCCCCAGGCAGCAGCAGAGGACUUGGUGGCACUUGAUUAAGCUGUUCUCUAGCCUGGUCCCUGAGCUGCUGCUUUACCCCCGCCGCCACACGGCUCGUCUCCCUGUCUGUGACUGACGUUCCCCAGAGGUGUGUGUUGGGGGGGCGCCUUUCCGUCUUCUCCAUGCUGUCUUGCAGUCUGUAUGCGCCGACCUGAGAGGAGAAUGAAUGGCUGUAGCAGCUGCGAGGGGAGCCUGCGGGGGAUAGUUGAGCGUCUGUGCCCACGAUGGCUUUUGGCCUUGAAACGAGUUCACGAAGGCAGAGGAGCUUUCUCUUCCCCUUCCCAUCCCAGUGCCACCAAACUGUCCAUCCUCGGGGAUAAGUAGACUAGUUGAACUUGGAAUAGAUCUUUUAGAGGAAACCCCACCCCACCUUCCCAGACCAACUCCUCCCCGUUUCCCCACCUCCAUACAGUGUUUGUACAGGAGGGUACGGCGCUGUUCUCAGCAGCACAGACUUUGGCUUAUCGAAGAGGCAGCCAGGCAUUUUGCACUAGGAAAAAUCAGUGGUCACUUUUCAGAAGACUUCUAUGGACCAUAAAUAUAUUACGGAGGAACAGAUUUUGCUAAGACAUAAUCUAGUUUUGUAACUCAAUCAUGGAUCAACCACACGUGGCUACCUUGCAGUUUAAAGGGGGUCCCAUCAGUGAAAAACAGAUUUUUUUUUUUGGCUGACUGCUUUUAGCUAAAUUUAAGAAAGUCAUCUUUUGUCAAAAGGUUUACACCUUCCCAUCUCGAUCUUAAGAGCAUGUCAAACAGUCCACAUCAGAUGCCAACACGUGAACUGCAAGAGAAAAAUGGUACAAUCGUAGUGAAUGGGAAUCUGAAUCAAAAGGGUUUGCCGUCCUUCUCAGAAUGUUCAAAAAUGUCAAGGCAGUUGCUUGUGUUUAACUGUGAACAAAUAAAAAUUUAUUGUUUUGCACUA